AUGGCUAAAAGAAAGGAUGUCGAGCGUGCUUUUGGAGUGCUCCAAGGUAAAUUCAGAAUUGUCGGAUCACCGUGUAAGUAUUGGAAACAAUCUGACUUGAACCUAAUUAUGAAAUGUUGUCUUAUUUUACACAACAUGAUUAUUGAGCAUGAACGUCGGGAUACGGAUUGGGGCAGAGUUGUUCCCGUUCGAUUUAUGUCAACUCUGAAAAACCUAGAAAUGCACCUACAACUAAGAACGGAUCUUGUCAAGCACAUUGCUGCACGUCCUGGUAGAGGAGGCCAGGAAGCGUACUUUUCUAGUUUGGAGGGUACAAAUAUGGAAUACGUGGUACUUCCAUCAUCAGAUGGAGAUUAUGAUGAGACAGAUUUAGAAGAAGAAGUUGUUCCUGGUCAAAACGAGGAUGGUGCAUUUGAUUAUUAUGGAGAUUACAAUGAUCAAAUCCCAGGUAACUUUGAACAUGCAACUGAACAUGUUUAUGGAGACAAACAUGUAGAAGACGAAUAUGAACAUGAUGGAGAAGACGAUGAGGAUGAUUGCGAUGAUGAGGACGAGGACGAUGAUGACGAUGUUGAGGAUGAUGACGAGGAGGCUGCAUACGAUGGUGAGGAUUUGUAUGAUGAUGAUGAUGUUGAGUCAUAUGAUGCAUGA